AGGGGGUUGGAGAAAGGCACGUCAGUCACUUUGCAAGCGUCGAGUUAUAAACACAGUUCCGGCGGUGAAUGGGGUUGUCUUUGUAAAUGAAUGCAGAAAAAAUGGCAGAUGAUGAAAGUUUACCUUCAGGCUGGGAGAAACGCCAGAGCCGGAGUUCAGGCCGUGUGUACUACUUCAACCACAUCACAAAUGCCAGCCAAUGGGAGCGUCCGUCCGGGGCGGCGGAUGGGAAGGGGGAGCCCGACAAGGUGCGCUGCUCCCACCUGCUGGUCAAACACAGCCAGUCCCGACGCCCGUCGUCCUGGCGAGAGGAGAACAUCACGCGUUCCAAAGAGGAGGCCCUGGAACUGAUACACGAGUACAUCGAGAAGAUCAAGUCUGGAGACGAGGAGUUUGAGACGCUGGCCUCUCAGUUCAGUGACUGCAGCUCCGCUCGCAAUGGUGGCGAUCUGGGGUCCUUUGGCAGAGGGCAGAUGCAGAAGCCGUUUGAAGACGCCUCGUUCGCGCUGAAAGUGGGGGACAUGAGCGGACCCGUGUUCACGGAUUCCGGGGUGCACAUCAUCCUACGCACCGGAUGAAACCACCACCUCCCCCUUUACUCCCCAUUCCCUGAUUCCCAAUCCUCCACCCCCAUCCCUCAUCGAACUGAGUACAUCGGGUUUCCCUAAAGAAAUUAAAUUAAAAAAAAAUACAUAAAUAAAAAAUAGAACACCAAUUGAGUAGGGGAGAAAAUACCCGAUCCCAGCCCUUCACAGCAGUGGCUCUCAAACCCAGUCCUGGGGACCAGUGUGCCUUCUGGUUUUCAUUCCAACUGAGCUCUCAAUUACUUAACUAAACCCUUAAUUAAACUAAUAAUGUGCUUAAUUAGACCUUUUUUUAAUUGUUCCAAGCACCUAAAAAGUUGCAGAUUUCAAGUUACAUAAACGAUUUUAGAGUUAACUUGAUAUUUCCAACUGUUUAAGAGCUGCAAACAAUUAAAAAUGCCUAAUAUUAUUAUUUGUUUAUUUAGCAGACACCUUUAUCCAAGGCGACUUACAGAGACUAGGGUGUGUGAACUAUGCAUCAGCUGCAGAGUUACAAUUACAUCUCAUCCGAAAGAGGGAGCACAAGGAGGUUAAGUGACUUGCUCAGGGUCACACAAUGAGUCAGGUGGGAUUUGAACCGGGGACCUCCUGGUUACAAGCCCCUUUCUUUAACCACUGGCCCACGCAGCCUCAAUUAAGGGUUUAGUUAAGUAAUUGAGAGCUCUGUUGCAACGCUAACUGGAAGAUACUGGGUCCCGAGGACCGGGGUUGAGAUCCACUGGUUUACAGGAUUCCUAAACUUGUUCACGAACACACACACAUCCCUCACCACUGUAUUUAUCAUGUAAAUGCAUGGGCAACCAACUUAGAAAAGUGGAAAGAAUAAUUGAAUACGUUUCUGAAGUGAUACAAGCUGUCUCGGAAAUGCUUGGCACGUUUAAGAGAAACGGUUCUGCCUUACAGUUAUCUCUUUAUAAUACAGUAAAUAUUUCGCAUUGUGUUCAAGAUCUAUUGCUGCAGCCUGACCACCCCCGUCCAGUUCUUUAUAAAACAUAAUAACGUGUUGCUGUGUUACUGUUCUCUUACUGGUUUUAUGAUGACAGCUGGGCAGAAGCGGGCCGGUUCGGUUCUGUUGGGUCGGUCGUGGUGUAACGUGGGUUCGCCAAGCGCUCCGUGAGGUUGUCCGAUAAGACCAUUAAAGGAGUUUUUAAUCGCAGGUGGUUUUGGAGUUUUCCUUUUUAAUAAAAAAAAAAAAAAAUGAUGUAUUAUAUAUAUGAACCGUCUUUCCUGUGUAUGUGGGUGGGUCAUGUGAGUAGUCCAAAUCAAAUUAGAAACUUAUCAUUUAUGGUUGCUAAGGAAUAAAACAUAAAUGUAAUGAUGCUGGUACUAUAUGAGGUACCCUGGUGCGAGAAUCUAGCGCCAAAUCUGCACCCCUGGGGGCAUAUUACAGAAUAACUUACCAAAUUGCUUUCCUAUCUUAUCUUUCGUUGCUAGGAUAGGAUUUUUCCUAACUUGGUAUUACAGAAGCACUUUCUAAGUCACAGGUAGCUAUAAUUUCCUGAGUGCUCUAUCCUAUCUUAACUUGAAUUAGGGAAUCCUAUCUCACAUUAAAUCAUGUCUGUUUUCAACUGAUCAAGUCUGAAUUAAGGGGACAACGGUCACAGCUCGCGCUACAUCUAGUUUUACAUCGUCACCAAAGAGAAAAAUAAUAUAUUUUGUGAUUGGUUCCUCUUCACUUGGGUACUGAAACUACCACAACAAACAUUAAUAAUAAAAUAAGAAUACUUUUUCUACUUUUUUUGUCUUUGGAAAUUAAAGCUGUUUACUGUCAA